AACCCAAAAUUUUCUCGAGAAAAUAUUGAUAUCUAAGGAAAGGUAUUGUGCAUUGAACUAAAAUCAAAACCAACUCUCGAAUAAUUAACAAAGCCAUCUGAUUCCCCGCUAGUCCCAUAUUCUCCGGUAGUCAACAUUAAUCCAAUUAAGACCCACAGUAUAUGGACUUCUAUACCCUUCUCGCUUAUCAUUGAAGGCGUACAAGUCCCGCGCAGAGUGACGUGGCAAGACAUGAUUGGCCUGAGUGGAUAUCCUUGAAAAACGGAAAUGACAGAGAAGGUAUGCAUCCCACAAAGGGAAAAAAAUGAAGAAACCAUUCAUAUUGUCUCUGCUUCUCCUGCUGCCUUUCUUGGCUUCAUCCGCAGAACGCCAGGUGCACAUAGUGUACCUUGGAGAGCACAGCAUUGCUGGGGAGAAAUCACUGCAUGAAAUAGAGGGCACCCAUCACUCUUACCUUCUCUCUGUGAAGAAAACAGAGGAAGCCGCAAAGACUUCUCUCAUCUACAGCUACAAGAACUGCAUCAAUGGCUUCGCCGCCAUGCUCACCCCCGACGAGGCCUCCAGACUCUCCGAAAUGGAGGGAGUGACGGAUGUGGUAAAGAGCCAGCCCGGGAAGUACUCCCUCCACACCACUAGGUCGUGGGAAUUUGCAGGGCUAGAGGAGGGAAAAGGUGGAAGCUCGGAUUCGAAGAGAUUGAGAAAGAGGAAAGCAGAUGUGCUGGCAAAAGCAAGAUACGGCAGAGAUGUCGUGGUUGGGGUUCUUGACAGCGGCGUGUGGCCGGAAUCAAAAAGCUUCAGUGAUCAUGGGAUGAAACCCGUUCCCCAUUCAUGGAAAGGAGUCUGCCAAACUGGUGAUGCUUUCAACUCAUCCCACUGCAACAGGAAGUUGAUCGGAGCUCGCUACUACCUUAAGGCUUAUGAGGCCUAUUACGGUCCCCUAAACCGAACCAUUGACUACCUAUCUCCCCGUGACAAGGAUGGCCAUGGCACUCACACAGCCUCCACCGUGGGAGGGCGGAGGGUCCCCAACACCUCCACCCUGGGGGGGUUUGCCUUAGGGACUGCCUCUGGCGGUGCAUCCCAUGCCCGCCUCGCCAUUUACAAAGUCUGUUGGCCGAUUCCCGGGCAACCCAAAGUUAAUGGGAACACAUGCUUCGAGGAAGAUAUGCUUGCAGCCAUCGACGACGCCAUUGCCGAUGGAGUUCAUGUGAUAAGCAUGUCCAUUGGAACUGAUCAGCCCAUCCCUUACACCAGUGAUGGUAUAGCCAUUGGAUCACUUCAAGCUCUCAAACACAAUAUCGUGGUGGUUUGCAGUGCUGGGAACUCCGGCCCUACACCCGCAACCUUGUCCAACCCGGCGCCUUGGAUCAUGACUGUUGGCGCUAGCAGCAUCGACCGAACCUUCAUUGCUCCGGUUGUGCUCGGCAAUGGGGAGAAAAUUGAGGGACAAACAGUAACUUCAUACAAGCUGAAGAACGAACACCCACUAGUUUAUGCUGGAGAUGUAGUGAACGAGCAUGUGCCCAAGACCUAUAUUGCAGGACAGUGCCUACCUCACUCCCUCUCACCUGCAAAAGUCAAGGGGAAGAUUGUACUGUGCCUAAGAGGCAAUGGAACAAGAGCUGAGAAAGGCAUGGAGGCGAAGAGGGCCGGAGCCGCCGGAUUCAUUCUCGGAAAUGCACCGGCAAAUGGAAACGAGAUCUCGGUCGACCCCCACGUGCUUCCUGCCACUGCAGUUGUCUCUGAUGAUGCAAUAAAAAUCCUCCAGUACAUAAAUUCUACGAAGAAGCCAACAGCCACCAUCAUCCCAGGAAAGACAGUACUGAACAGCAAGCCAGCCCCCUUCAUGGCUGCCUUCACCAGCAGAGGCCCAAAUGUGAUUGAUCCUAAAAUUCUCAAGCCUGAUAUCACAGCUCCAGGACUAAACAUACUGGCAGCAUGGACUGAGGGCGAUUCCCCAACAAAGCUGGCUGACGAUCACAGAAUUGUCAAGUACAACUUUCUCUCCGGGACUUCUAUGUCGUGCCCUCACGUCUCCGGUGCCGCUGCUCUUCUCAGAGCCCUCCACCCUAAAUGGAGCAGCGCCGCCAUAAGAUCCGCUCUCAUGACCACAGCUGGGGUUAGAAACAACGAAGGAAUGCCAUUGACCGAUGCAUCGGGCAACCCGGGCGACUCCUUCCAGUACGGAGCAGGCCAUUUCCGACCGACGAAGGCUGUGGAUCCGGGUCUCGUGUACGACGCGUCGUACAAUGACUACCUUCUCUACCUCUGCAGCGUCGGAGUCCAGAAGAUUGAUCCGAACUUCAAGUGCUCGAAGAAGAAACAUGCACAGCACACUCUCAACUAUCCCUCCCUCGCCAUUCCUCAACUCAAUGGCACCGUGACCGUGAAAAGAACGGUCACGAAUGUGGGAGCAGCACAGAGCGUGUACUUCAUGUCGGUGAAACCCCCGGUAGGGUUUUCGGUUAAGGUGUCGCCCAGUAUCUUGUACUUCAAACAUGUUGGGCAGAAGAAGAGCUUCACCAUCACUGUGAAAGCUCGAGAGGAGGCUUUAGCUGGUGGGGAAGACAAGCAUGAGUAUAAAUUUGGGUGGUAUACUUGGAAUGAUGGAGUUCAUCUUGUGAGAAGUCCCAUGGCUGUGUCUUUAGGCUAGAGUGAUUUUUUUUGUCUUUACUUGGUAUACUUAACAAAAUAAUUAAUUACAGGGGUAUGGCAAGAAGGAAAUACCUUAUGCACUAAUUUGGAGUAACGAAUGAGGAAGAGAAAAGAAGAGGAAGUGGGGUGGGGGCAGGUGUAAUUUAGACUUAGGUAGAACAAUAAUUUUAUUUAUUAUGGCAAUGUUUAGUCUUGUUUUAGUUUUCAAUACUAAUAAAAAAAUCCAAUUGUUGGUUUA